CCCCAACCCACACCGUCCGAUCCAUCGCCACGUCACCGAUCCGGACCAACGCGGAUCCAACGGCUCAGAUCGGCGUUGCAGAGCUACCCCGCUCGAGAACAAUCGAAGAAGCUGCUCGCCCAGAAUUUUUUUUUCCAUUUUCUCGAAAUUUUCUGUUCGUUUUUUGUUUGGAAUCAAGCCGAGAAAUCAUCGCAAUCUCGUUUUGGCGAGCACGAGGUUGUGAUUGCGACGAUGAAUUCCGACGAGGAGGACGAGAUCGAGUUCGAAGAGGAUGAGAAAGUUAGGGUUGGGAAGGAAGACGGCGUCCCCGCCGUCGAGGCCGACGACGACGAGGAUGAAGAAGAAGAAGACGGCGUGCAAAGUCAGGAGGAAGCGAACGGCGGAAUAGACGGACGCAACGGCGUACGUGUCAAGGACGACGGCGAGGAAGAGGAGGACGAUGAGGACGAUGACGAUGAUGAUGACGAGGACGAUGACGAGGACGACGAUGUGCAGGAGAUCGUGGACAUGAGGUCCGACGAGCCGGUGAUUGAGACCCGAGAGGAUAACGAAGUUAUCGUGUUGAAGGAAGACGACGAGGAUGAAGAUGAUGACGAUGAGGAGGAGGAGGAAGAUGGAGUGCAGAGCCAGGAGGAAGAGAAUGGCGAUGAAGACGAGAACGAGGAGGAGGAGGACGACGACGGCGAUGACGAGGACGACGAUGUGCAGGAGGUUCUGCAGUCGUCUCGUGGGCCUCCGCCGGUUUAUUCCGUAGACGACGACGAGAACGACGAUGUCGACGAGGAAGGCGAAGGCGACGGCAACGGCAGCGACGAUGACGACGACGACGACCAGGACGAGGAUGAGAGCGACGAUGAAGAAGCCGAAGAGGAGGAGGAUAGCGGAGCACAGUAUGUGGUUCGUCCCCUCAGUCGCGUCGCCGAGGACGUGGACGAGGACGAAGACAACAGCGACUACCUGGAGCAACACGAGAAUGGGUUGGAGCAGGAAGAAGACAUUGAGGAAGAUGAUGAGGCGGAGGAUGAGGAAGAUGGGGUGGAGGAAGAGGAGGAGGUGGAUGAAGACGGCGGUGGGAAGGUGGAGGAUCCACCAACAAAGAGGAAGAGGGCAGAUAGAGAUGAGGAGGAUGAUGAUGAUGAGGAUUCUGAGGACAGUGACGUAGAUGAAGAGAGACCUCCCAAGAGAUGAGGCCCCGGCCCAGUUCCUUGUGAUGGGUCUUGAGUCCAUUAGGAUUUGAUACAUCUGUCUCCCUCCCUAUCUCUCUGGGGUUAAAACUGUGACAUUUUGCUGGUGCUACAUAUAAUGUUUAGGGUAGAUAAAAAAAGAACUAUUUUUUUUUUCAAUCUUUUCUGUUUGCAUAGGUUAUGUGGAGGUGAUUGUGGGAAAGAAGAUGGUUUAGAUCCUUCCUUGUCAAAUUUGAUUGUAGAUGACAAGGUGUUGAAGAUUUUCCAAUUUUUGCAGUUUGGUGCAAUUGCAACCCGUCUCUUUC